AUGCGACGCCGCGACGAUUGGCGUGCCGUGCAGCGGCUGUGUAAGUCGAAACUGUGCAGAGAGCUGCACAAUCGCGACGCGCAGACGCCGCAGAAGACAACUGAUAGACCCGGUGAGGCCGCGAGAAGCAUCAGUGCCGCAUUACCCCAGCAGCGGCAACAGACGAUUGCAAACACACCAAAGGCGCAGCCGCUGCGUGCCUCAUCGCUGGCUUGGUCGCGCAGCCCCGGCGGCUCGUCCCGGCAUGCGCCGACGCCGGACUCGAUGGACAAGCAUCAAUCUCGGACGCAGCUUCAUUACUAUCACAUCUUGAAAGAGGCCGUCAAUGAUGGCGCGCUUGAUGAUGAACAGAAUGACAAGACCGGGACACCGUUUGACUCGGCCGACGAUGGGCAUGGGACGCCUCCAUUGGACGACAUUGACAAGGAAUACCUGAGCAAGAAGAGGGUUUUCGACUUGCCGCCCAUGCAUCGUCGCCUUUCUCACUAG